UCCACAAAGGCCGGAGCAAAGCAAUUUCAUUCAUCCAGCCUCCAGAAAGCUGACCAGGGAUUUAAAUAGUUCUGUCGAGUGGUCCGAUCCUUUCAUUAGCAAUUUCAAUGUCGAGGGUAAUCUGAGUUGCUCUCAAACAGUUUUGAUGGAUCAUUAGUGAAGGAUUACAGCAGCAGGAAACAUGAAAUUUGUAAUCACAAGAUGGUCUUUUGUACUUUCCUUUUCUGCUCCAUUUGUCAUGAUCAUAUAUGAGCUAAAUGCUGAAAACUUAUCAAAUAAAACAGGACAGAGAACGACAUUAUAUGUUGGUUCAAUGGCGCCUAUGACUGGCAAGAGAGCAUGGUGGGGAGCUGGAAUACCGCUGGCCAUCGAGAUGGCUUUUGAAGAUAUCAACAAAAGAGAUGAUAUUCUAAGAGACUAUGAGUUAAAAUUGAUCUCUCGAGACACGCAGGGAGACACUGGUCGCGGGAACAAAGUUUUCUACAAUUUCUUAAACGAAGGAAAAGUCCGUCUCAUACUUGGUCCUUCGCGGUCAAAUGUUGCUGAGUCGGCUGGUGCGACAGCCAAGUACUACAACAUGAUUCAGGUGUCUCCUUCUGCAGCUUCAGGCGAACUAUCCAAGAAAGACGUAUUCCCUUAUUUCUUCAGAACGGUUCCAGCAUUGUCUGCCGCAAAUCGUACGUUUAUUGCUAUCGCAAAAACAUUUGCGUGGACUCGAGUGGCCAUACUGUACCAGAGUAGAGAACUUUUUACAUCCGCAGCAACAAGCCUCAGAGAAGAAUGCAAAAAGAAUGGAAUUGAAGUGAUCUCUUAUGGAAGCUUUUUGAUGGAUCCAAAGAAUCAAAUAAAACAUCUUAAGGAUAUUGAUGCUAGGAUCAUAUUUGGUUUCUUUUCCUAUUCAACCAGAACUAUGUGCGAGAUCUACAAGCAUAAUAUGCACGGGCGAAAGUACGCUUGGGUUGUUCACACUCCUGACAAAGAUGGAUGGUGGAGGAGAACUUUUGCUAAUGUCAACUGCACACCAGAAGAAGUCAACGAGGGCGCAAAAGGGACCCUCUUAGUUAACUAUAUGUGGCUCAGCAGCUCAAAGAAUCAAACAGUGUCUGGAAUGACACCCGAGGAGUUCAAAUCGAGUUUCAUUCAAAAGGCUAGGAAAUCAGAUAUAACAGACACAAGCUACAAGGGGUUUGCAUAUGAUGCAGCCUGGCUUGUCGCCCUUGCGUUGAAUAGAACAGCGCAAAAUUUGGCUCCAACGAUUCCUCUUGACACCGUCGCAUUUGGAGACAGAAAUUUCUCAGACCUAAUGAAGAAAAAUCUGUUAUCAACGGAAUUUCAAGGCGUUACGAGCUUCUUAAAACUAAAUGACAAAGGAGACAGGUCCGGCGUGUUUGAAAUAUCACAGCUAAGAGGAGCAGAGUUUGAAGCCAUCUGCAGUCACGAUGUUGGACGAACCUCCUUGAAUUUUUAUCCUGAUAAAGACUUUCGCUGGGAAGGAGGGAGAGCGCCGAUGGAUCGACAAAGUGAACACAGGCAGCUGUACACAAUGUCCAUGUCUGUGUUUUUCUUCAUGUGUUCUAUGGCCUCCUUUGGAAUUUUCUUAGCAUUUACGUUCUUGUGCUUUAACAUUAAGAACAGGAAUAAAAGAUUUGUCAAAAUGUCGAGUCCAAACCUGAACAAUAUGAUAAUCUUGGGCUGCAUUCUGUCGUACAUAUCUGUCAUUCUGUUUGCAUUCGAUGGAGAGCAUCUUAAGACUGAACUUUGCACGACAAGGACUACUACUAUUUGUAUCGGCUUCACGUUUGUCUUUGGUUCCCUGUUUUCAAAAACGUGGCGCGUUCACAAAGUCACCAGGAUAACAAGCGCAAAGAAACUGAUUAUCAGAGACCUGCAUCUCUUUGGCGUCAUUGGCGUUCUCAUUCUCAUAGACGCUGUCAUCCUUCUCCUUUGGAACUUUUUGGAUCCUUUUCAGAAGAAAAUUAGAUAUCUCCCAGCACUGAACAAUCACGAGGAUGACAAUAUUCUUCAAUUGCCGUACACAUAUACGUGUGAAGUCAACCGCAUUGAAAUCUGGCUGGGCUUGUUGUAUUCCUACAAGGGAAUAUUGCUCCUGUUUGGUUUGUUCUUGGCUUGGGAGACAAGAAAUGUUAAGAUUCCUGCCUUGAAUGACUCUCAUCAUAUAGGUAUGGCCGUUUACAACGUCGUUAUCGUUUGCAUUGUUGGAACUCCAGUUGUAACUUUUGUACACGAAAAGCAAUUCGAGGCGUCGUUUAUAAUAACAGGCAUCUGCAUUCUUUUUAGCACAACUUCUACCCUUUGCAUUGUGUUCGUACCAAAGAUUGCAGCGCUUAGGAAAAACGGAUUAAACGAGGAGUACCGUGCUCGAACGCGCACCUUUAGCUCGUUGGAUACAUUUACCGUCACCACAGCUAAACGUUCCUGUUCUGGUAAAGACACCAUCAACAAGGAUGGAGAACUUCAGCGACUUAGGGAAAUGCUAGACAUGCUUCAACGAGAAAAGAAAAGAAUAAGUCACAGCAAUGGAACCAGCAUGACCACGCAACUGUGAGAUGAAUCUUACACUGCACUGAACACAUACUGACAAUGUCACCCAGCUAGCUCGUGACUACAUUUUCGUUGAGAAGUAUGACGAGAGACUUAGAUGAUCGUAUUGUCAUCAGGAUAAGUUUCGCGGUUUCUUUGUUCUUCAAAAACUCAUUAAUAAUUCAUAAGCCCAUUAACCUAUCAAAUGGUAGAUAAUACAUCACGUGCAGUGACUUUAUAUCGAUAAACCUCAUCCUUAUUAGUAUGCGGUGUUUUAUCAGAUAUAAAGACACUGCACGUGACUUAUGAAUAUUAAUUAAUUAUCAACACAGAAACUGACACAACAAAUGGUGGGAACAUAUUUAAUGUUCUUUCAACAAAUUUCACACAGUAAAUUUACUUUUGCACCAAAUUAAUAGUACAGUUGUGAAAUACACAUCUGGAAAAAUUCUCUAUUCCAUUAGUACAGUAAUCUGGUAAAGGCAUAUUAGACAAUACAUCAUCUGAAACUGGAACAGGACGCCAUGUCCUCUUCGGUUAGUAGAAGAAAAGUACAAAACACGUGUGAGAUUUGAUUUUCUUGCAUACUAAUUUAAUCCCUAAUGUUUUUUCUCGUAUGCUAAUUUCUAACGUUCACAAAAGCAUAAUUGUUAUGAACUCUCUUGACACACGCUUUUCCAAGAAUGUUUUUGAAGCCGUUCAAAAAACUCGCAGCACGUGUUUUAUCGGGUCAAAAACCACUCGGCUACGCCUCGUGGUUUUAAACCCGAUGAAACACUCCUGCUCGUUUUUUAAACAUUACAUGAACUAGCUGUUAAAGACCGUCUCGUUAAUAAACACCACUUAAUCUAAACAUCAAUAGGAAGAAUAAGUUGGCGAUUUUUCGACUCACAUAGAAAAAUUGUAGUAAAUUGUAAAUUGUACUUCUCGGGAUGAUGAAUAGCAGAUAAUAUUCUUUCUUCAGAAGUUAAGUUACACUUUCAAGCAAAGAGAGAUCAUACAUUCCAGUAUUGUGAUAUGUGAAUUUUAAUUAGUUUGAAAUCAUUUUAGAUAAGAUUCUACCGAUUAAAAUUAGGGCUCUUACAAUUUAAUUGAGGGUCUCAAUGGGGUUUAAGCCGUAAAACAGUUAAAAAAUGUGCUAGUUAGACGUAAAAAUUGACAAAUUUUAACCGUUGGUCGAAAAAAAAGUGAAAAUUCAUUUUUCGUUUAAUGGAAGGAAAUUGACUGUUAGCCGUAAAAUGGCCAAAAUUUCAACCGUUAGCCGUUUAAUCUAUACCCUCCUGGAGACUCCCUUAAUAUUCUAUAUAAUUCUAAAUUAAUUUCCAACCAUUACAAAAAUAGCUUAAAAUAUAUCGCACGUGCAGAUAGUCGAAGUGUCAGAGCAUGGUGUUUUUAUACCUAACAAUUGUGAUCUAAGGAUCUCUCCUAACUUGUUCUAAAGUUUACUGAGGAUAUUUAGACCGUUUAGCCCCUUAACCCUUUAGAAGACAAAUACUGGCAGUGAUCCGAAAUAAUUGCUAACUGUGCACCUACCCCUUCCCAAACCCAACAUGAACCCUAAGUCGUUAUCAGUUGACUGUUGUUGGGUUAGGGGAGGGGUAGGUGCACACUUGCUCCGAUACUGGCAGUGAUCCGAAAUAAUCGCUAAAUAAUGAACAUUAAAAAUUUCUCCUUGUCACAGCCAAAGGAAAUGUGUAGAAACCAGCAUGGAGAAUUUGCAUGCUGAUGUUAGGGGGUAAAAAGUUAAGAAAUGAAAAUAAGAACCUCCUAGGUCUAGCCCCCCCCUCUCCUAAGAAACGAGGCUGUAAUUCUUCUCUGAAAGAAAACUGUCGUUACCAUAUUCCAUCACCACGCCGGUUAAUUAAAAAUCAAUCGCUCUAUAUAGCUGAAAGGUCGGGUUAGAAAGUACAACAGCCAAUCCAUAAAUGUUCAAUAAUUAGGGAAUAAAUUACAUCGACAAGAGAUCUUCGCUGGAUUUUGACAGCAUUAACUCUUUAGCAGUUGUUUCAGUGGCCAUUAGAUGAUUGACGUCACCAAAAAAAUCUCGUCUCCUCACUGGUGUCUCAAACAAGAUAGGGCUGGACCUUGACUCUGCUAAUCUGUCAACAGGAAAAACGCAUGUUUUUUUUUAAAAUGUACAUGCAAAUGCUCCAAGUAUUGAAGGCACCACCUGCUGCGUGCGUUUGAAAACCCACAAGGAUUUAUCAGCAUUUAGUCCGAGAAUUUGAUUAGUCUUUCCCUUGAUCGCUGAAGCGUACUUCAACAAUUUUUAGAGAGGUUAACCAUGACGGUUACGGGAAAUGGCAAGAAGCUAAAACUAAACUCCUUUCCGGCUAAUUUCAGGCCCUUUUUUAAUUUGUAUUAGUCGCGAGUAGAAAAGUUUAAAUAAUGGAAAAGUUAACAUAUCAGAAUUGAUUUUUGCCCUUUGUCGCGGCCGUAAACGCCAUGUCUACUCAUUAAU